CUAUGAGAGCAACAGGUCAGAUGAAACGAUUCUGUUUUUUUUCAGUACCACCCGCUACAUUAGUGUACAGUCGCGCUUCUAAUGCCACCAGAAUUACGAAUCAGGUGACUCCUGCGGCGUUAACUUACUUCGGGGGACUCGUUGCUGAACUGCGUUCGCGUCCAGCUUUCCGACAGCACUUGAAGGCAGCAGCGGGAGAUCAUCUGUUGGACAGGGGAAACUAAUCAGGAGCCAAGUAAAGACUUUUCACUAUUGCUAGCUGCGAGGCUAGCCUGCCCUCUAAAGUCAGCCGUCCACACGACUCGGGAAUACAGACGUUGUUUUCUUCUUCUGCUGAAGUAAAGUACAGUGUCUCAUCUGUACGACGAACAACGCUCGAGCAAUGUGUUAGGAAAACACAGUUUUGUGUGCGCCUAAAGUAACCGGGGCGGACCAAGCCUCCGGCCAGCUGAGGGCUCGCGGCUAGCUCGUCGACGUUAGCCGGGAGGAGAAGGGGCGCAGGCGGCGGCGAGAGUCGAAAAAUGGAGCUGGACGACGUCGUGUUGUACCAGGACGACUCGGGCAACUCUGCCAUGAUGUCCGAGCGCGUCUCCGGCCUGGCCAGCUCCAUCUACCGCGAGUUCGAGCGGCUCAUCGAGAAGUACGACGAGGACGUGGUGAAGGAGCUGAUGCCGCUCGUCGUCGCCGUGCUGGAGAACCUGGACGCGGUGUUCUCCGUCAACCAGGAGCACGAAGUGGAGCUGGAGCUGCUGAAGGAGGACAACGAGCAGCUGGUCACCCAGUACGAGCGGGAGAAGGCUCUGCGGAGACACGUAGAGGAGAGGUACAUCGUCUUUGAAGAUUCCCAGGAGGGCGAGAAGAAAGACCUCCAGCGCCGACUGGUGACGUUGGAGUCUCACACGCGCCAACUAGAACAUAAAACUAAAAACUAUGCAGAACAGAUUAGCAGACUUGACGAGAGAGAAGCGGAGCUCAAAAAGGAGUAUAAUACUCUUCAUCAGAGACACACUGAGAUGAUCCACAGCUACAUGGAGCAUCUAGAGCGAACCAAACACCAACAUGCCAUGACACCAGCAGAGGCCUCAGACACCGGCACAGGCACACAAGCCAGAACACGGAAGGAGCGUCCCAUCUCCAUGGGAAUAUUCCAACUUCCUGGCACUGAAGGUAUGACCCCUGACCUCCAGAGGGUACCCGUGGACACCCCGUCCGAACCGUGGAGAUUCAACAACCUCAGCCACCCACGGUCCAACACCAGCCUCAAGGAUGAAUUGGGCGGUGUGAACCGACGAGGCUCCAAACCCAAUUCCCCAAGCAGCCAAGGAAGUGUCUCCAGAAGUGGAGCUCCAGCAGCUUCACAAGGCGGAGGAUCCUCUCAGGAUGGCACCUCUAAGUCAAACACCCCCACCUCCAGACACACACCACUAUCUCCUCGCGACAUCGCGUCCACCAGCAUGAGUCCUGCAUCUAGUCAGGCUGGUGGCUCGGCCUCUGCCACGCCUCUGAUUACUGCUGCUUCAGAUGUGGCCACGGAGUCUGUAAACACUCCUUCGGACGGACUCAACAAGAACCUUGAUUGGAGCACUGGAAAGCCAGACGGCAACAAAAACAUCGCAGAGGUGCAGGACGGACAGCAGGGUCAGCGCGGACAUGACAGUCAGGAGGCAGCGGUUACAUCUCUGGAUGGUGAAGAUGGAGCAGACAACCUGGAGAAGUCUGAGGUGCAGGCUAUCAUAGAGUCCACCCCUGAACUAGACAUGGAUCUUGAUGGCUGCAGAGGAACAAGCACACCAAAUAAAGGCGGCGUGGAGAAUCUGGCAUUCGACCGUAACACCGACUCUCUGUUCGAGGAACUGUCAUCUGCAGGAAACGACCUCAUAGGCGACAUGGACGAAGGAGCCGACCUGCUGGGUAUGGGUCGGGAAGUGGAACAUCUUAUCCAUGAGAACACCCAGCUGAUGGAGACCAAAAAUGCUUUGAACGUGGUAAAAAAUGACCUGAUAGCGCACGUGGACGAGCUGUCCUGUGAGAAGGACGUCCUUCGAGGAGAGCUGGACGCCGUCACUCAGGCCAAGGCCAAACUUGAGGAGAAGAACAAAGACCUGGAGGAAGAACUCAAGAAGAUUCGAGCAGAGCUGGAGGAAGCCAAACAGAAAGUGAAGAAUGACAAUGAGGAUGAUAGCGAUGUGCCCACCGCGCAGAAGAAGCGCUUCACCCGGGUGGAGAUGGCCAGGGUCCUGAUGGAGAGGAACCAGUACAAGGAGCGGCUGAUGGAGCUGCAGGAGGCGGUCAGAUGGACAGAAAUGAUCCGGGCUUCCAAGGAGAAUCCAGCUCUUCCGGAGAAGAAGAAGUCCAGCCUCUGGCAGUUUUUCAGCCGUUUGUUCAGCUCGUCGGGCGCCGCCGCCAAGAAGCCGGCGACCGAGGCCCCGGUGAACGUCAAGUACAAUGCGCCCACCUCUCAGAUUCAGCCGUCCGUCAAGAAGAGGAGCAGCACCCUGCAGCAGCUGCCCAGCGACAAAAGCAAGGCCUUCGAUUUCCUCAACGAGGAAGUGGCAGCUGAUAACGUGGUGUCCAGGCGGGAGCAGAAGAGGGCGCAGUACCAGCAGGUCAAGGCCCACGUCCAGAAGGAGGACGGCAGAGUGCAGGCGUACGGCUGGAGCCUGCCCAAGAAGUACAAGGCCAAUGGAGGCCAGGCAGAGAGUAAGAUGAAGAAUCUGCCUGUUCCCGUCUACCUCAGACCGCUGGAUGAGAAAGAUGCUUCUAUGAAGCUGUGGUGUGCUGCCGGUGUGAAUCUCUCCGGAGGUAAAACCAGAGACGGAGGUUCGAUCGUAGGAGCCAGUGUGUUCUACAGUGACGUGUCUGGACCCGAGAGCCCUAAAAAGAAGACGGGGUCUCAGAGCAGCCUGGACCAACUAGAUCAAGACCUGAAGGAGCAGCAGAAGGAGUUGCGGCAGCAGGAGGAGUUAUCGUCGCUGGUGUGGAUCUGUACCAGCACCCAGUCCAACACUAAAGCUGUUGUCAUUGAUGCCAACCAACCUGGAAACAUCCUGGAGAGCUUUUUUGUUUGUGACUCCCACGUCCUCUGCAUCGCCAGUGUGCCAGGUGCAAGAGAGACUGACUACCCAGCUGGGGAGGAAGUACCGACAAACUCUGAGGCAGGACCAGUGGGAGAUGGCAGCUCAUCGGCAACCGACAGCAGCUCCGCAGGUGGCGACGGCGUCCUCGGAGGCAUCACCGUCGUGGGCUGUGCAGCCGAAGGAUCAGCAGCUGUUCCACAGAGAGCAGACAGUCCUGGAAACGAUGGAGAAGCUGAAUCCAGAGCGGCAGAGGAAGCCACCGAGGCAACGGAGGCCAGCGCAGGGCCCUCCGACCACAGAGAAGCCCUGAAGGGAGUCUACACCGAGCAUGUCUUCACCGAUCCACUGGGAGCCCAGCCGACAGCAGAGGCGCCGGCCAACUACUCUCAGAGGGAGAGCGAUCUGUUGAAAGAUGGAGUCAGUUCGAACCCCACUGUAGAGGAGCAGGACCUGAUGAGGGAGGAGGCUCAGAAGAUGAGCAGUGUGCUGCCCACCAUGUGGCUGGGGUCACAGAAUGGAUGCUUAUACGUUCACUCCUCUGUGGCCCAGUGGAAAAAGUGUCUCCACUCCAUAAAGCUGAAGGACUCUGUGCUCGGAAUAGUACACGUGAAAGGGCGCGUUCUGGUCGGCCUCGCGGAUGGCACUUUAGCCAUAUUCCACAGAGGAGUGGAUGGCCAGUGGGACCUGACCAACUACCACCUGUUAGACUUGGGAAGACCACACCACUCCAUCCGCUGCAUGACUGUGGUGCACGACAAGGUGUGGUGUGGCUACAGGAACAAGAUCUAUGUGGUGCAGCCCAAAGCCAUGAAGAUUGAGAAGUCUUUCGAUGCCCACCCUCGUAAGGAUAGUCAGGUACGUCAGCUGGCCUGGGAAGGCGAUGGGAUCUGGGUGUCCAUCAGGCUGGACUCCACUCUCCGGCUGUUCCACGCUCACACCAACCAGCACCUCCAGGACGUCGACAUCGAGCCCUACGUCAGCAAGAUGCUCGGUACGGGAAAACUCGGCUUCUCGUUUGUGCGGAUCACAGCUCUCACGGUGUCGUGUAAUCGUCUAUGGAUCGGCACUGGAAACGGAGUCAUCAUCUCCAUCCCCCUAACAGAGACCAACAAGGCAGCCAAGGCAGCAGGAAGCCAUCCAGGAAGUGUAGUCCGCGUCUACGGUGACGACAGUGGUGACAAAGUGACGGCCGGCACAUUUGUCCCGUACUGCUCCAUGGCUCACGCUCAACUCUGUUUCCAUGGUCACCGGGAUGCAGUCAAGUUCUUCACAGCUGUCCCAGGUCAUUCAGUUCCAUCUGCAUCCUGUGGAGAGGAGGCAGGAGCAGACAGGGCAACAGAUGCCUCAUGUCAGGACGGCACCAAGUCUAUGUUGGUGAUGAGUGGAGGAGAAGGUUACAUAGACUUUAGAAUGGGUGACGAGGACGGCGAGGCAGAGGAAGGAGAGGAGCCCCCUAGGAAACUGGUGGCUAAGGCCGAGCGCAGCCACCUCAUCGUGUGGCAAGUCAAUGAGGACUAAAAGUCUGACCUUUGAACCCUGAGACCCAACUUGCCUUUUCGUCUUGAACCUACAGCCAAGGAGGAGGGGCUCGGGGGGACGACCGACCUCUGCAGCCGCGGGUUUAAUCAGCACUUUUGUUUUUCUCCUCCUCAGACCUGAACAAUAAGUAUGAAACAAUCAAAAACUGCUUGGUAAACCAGAGUGGAGAGUGGAGCAGUGCAAAUAUUUUCACACAAACUGCAUGUCAUGGGUUUUAUUAUUACUUGCUUUCUGUUUUUUGUUUUUUUAAGGAUUUAAAUAUCAAUCUGUCUUUUAAUAUUAUUUUAGGGUAAAUCCGUUUUUGACUAUACAACCAAUACUUUGCUUUUGUUGCAUUUGAUCAUGACAUUUACCCAGUUUUUCUGGCUGACAUUUCCAGGUUCCCUCCAGUUACUGCGAGCUGAUGCUGGACUCAGUUGUUCAAAACAAAAGUUAAUCACCCAUCAGUUCACUUGUUGCCCUUUAAUAAUGUAAGACUGGGGCAAUCGUCUGUGGAAGCCAAUCAUCUGGGAUUGUUGGUGAAUCUCAUCUCUGAUCAUUAUAUCAUGUUGAUUUUUGUUUUUUUAAUCCUUUGAGCACUUGGCUUUUGAUUGUAUGCAAGACAAGAAAUUUUAUCAAUCGCCAGACAUCUUUGGAUGGACGAGUAUUUAGCUCAAUAUCCAAGAUGUUGUAAUCUUGGAAGCCUCUCGUGGAUCACCAUUGCGUUUGAGUCACAGAGCGGACUGUCGCUUUUACGGAAAAAAUACGUACAAUCUCAUCCCCAUCGUGGUCCCCUGACUUUUCCCGUAACAUCAUCUCCAUUGACAAAAUCCUUAAUUCUGAAAGGAAAGGCGGCUGCUGCUGUAUCAUAUUUGUUAACCACUACAGACUCUACCCCCCCCCCCCCCCCCUUCAUAUAUGUUAAUAUGUAAUCCAAUAUUACACAUUAGGAUGCUAUCGCCCCUCUGCUCUCUGUCUACCCAGCAGCUCCUUAAAUCAUGCCUCAGGUGUGGAGGGUUUGAAAGGCCUGAGAUCACGGGCGUUUUUCAGGUGUGACAAAAGUAUUUAUUUUUCUUGAAAGAAUGUAACGUUUGCUACCAAAGGUUAAAGAACCGGAGAUCAACAGAUCGCCACACGCUGAAACGAUAACGGUGUCUGCUCAGGAAGUCCGCCUUCCAGCAUCGUCGCCUGUCUGUCCAUGUAGAUAAAAGGAUGCAAGAUUGUUUUUGUAACCGAAAUCCCAGUGUAUAGAUGAGAUAUAUUUUUUAAGACUUUCUUAUUGGGGAAAUUAAAAUAUUUUCAGGGCGUGAGAAGAGAAUGUGUUGCACCUGUUGCUAUGAGCGGAUAAAACGAGCAGUCACACUGACGGUUACAUAACACCCCCCCCCCCCCCCAUUUAGAGGUCAAAUCUCAAACAUUUUAGUUUUUGACAUGACCCUCUGCCCUCUCUUUUGAUGACAAUGUUUGUCUGAAACUCUCGGUAAUACCCCCUCCUAAUGGCAAACUGUUUUAAUUCUAUUUUUAUGUUAUUUUAUUUUUUCCCCCCAUCUUUUAGACUGUCCCUUUUCAUUUGAGACUGUAUUUCUGGCUUUUGUGUACCAGCACACUGCACUGGUAUGUCCGUUGUUUUGUCCUCUUUGUAUUGGACAGUAACAUCGAGGCCCGUCCUCAUCGUGUGUGUGUGUGUGUGUGUGUGUGUGUGUGUGUGUGUGUGUGUGUGUGUGUGUGUGUGUGUGUGUGUGUGUGUGUGUGUGUGUGUGUGUGUGUGUGUGUGUGUGUGUGUGUGUGUGUGUGUGUGUGUGUGUGUGUGUGUGUGUGUGUGUGUGUGCGCAUGCAUGCAUGCAUGUGUGUCUUUUCUCUCCAGGAGAGGAGAAAUAUUAAUUGCAGUUUAGCCAUUUCAGUAUUUAUUUACAAUGAUUGAGCCUUUGCAAUUCAGAAUGUAUCUUUGUACAUUGAAUAUGAGAAUAUAUAUAUAUAUGAUUAUAUAUGUACGAACCAUGAAAAAUGGCUUGGGUUUAUUGUUUUGACAACAGUUGUUGAUGCUGUUGGAAUGAUGAAUUUGUUUUGUAAGGGGUGACGUACUCAGCCCGUACUCAGCUAUGCACUACAUCUGUGAGCACAGAGGAGUGUGGGGGGUUCCACCCUGCAGUCUGUACCACAGACAUGGACAGAGUCAGUUUCCCUCCCCAGUGCAGGACAAGAACAAACUGAACUCUUAGGCGAUGAAAUGGUAACUUCACCCCAUCACAACAUGCGGGCGACUGCAGCUCUGUGUCGUGUCUCAUCUGCUUCCGCUCGUCUUUGACUUGGCAGGUACACACACACACACACACACACACCAUCUUGUACUUCUACAGCAUCUAUAGCCUUACUUAUUUUUUAACAUUCAAUUAAAGCAACUUUUUGUGGGCUA